CCAAAACACCACCCUCGAACCCUAACAACCCGCACCAAACACCGCACCAAACACCACACCAACCCACCUUCAAAAUGCAUAUCUCCACCCCCUCCCUCCUAGCCCUCCUCGCCACCCUCACCCCCAGCACCGCCUUCGUAAUCGACACCUACAGCACGCAGUCCUGCAGCACCGCCGUGCAAACCCGCGUCAACACCUGGGACAACACGUGCGCGACCUGGCCACGGGGGUUCAAGAGCUUCCGCAUCCGCACCUGGGGCGGCCGCGCGCAGCGCGCGUACUUCUUCGCCCCGAACAAUUGCGGCAGCUUGCCGGAUGCGAUUGGCAAGGGCAUCGCGUUACUAUUGGCCAACGAGGUACACUGAGGGAGGAGACCGCGAGUUGUAGUGUCGAGGCGGAGCGUGAUAUCGCUGCUAGUCCAUUCCAGUGCCCAUCAGUUAUCCUGAGUGAUGCGCCCACGUAAGGAUAAGACUCGUUCGAGUGAUGCAUAAAUCUACGAGAUAGCAUAGUCGCGAUCAUGCAUCCGUUGUACACUGAAAAGCCCGCAGUGUUUCCCAGCGAACAUCCUACAGCAAGUCCGCUUCAUCCACAUGCUCCCCCCUGCGCGCAGCCAGAUACACUCUCCCGCUCUCAUACGCCCCAAGGUACAACCCCGCGCCGACAAACGUCCACACAGCCCUCAACGCCCCGCCCCUCCACAGCCCCUUGUACCCCUGCUCCUGCAGAAUCUCCUGCGCGAUCUGCCACGUCCCCUUCUGGCUCCCCCGCGCCUUCUGCACAGACUUCCCCAGCGCAUCGACCAACC